GAGAAGAUAGUACGUCUGUUGAUCUGAUACGAGCGGCCGUCUCCGCUUAUGCAUGUUUCAGGUCAUGCAACGUAAGACUCGAGCACCGAAAUCCUCGACCACACGCCGGGCUGGUGAGAUGCAUGCGAACCUUCCACCGGCUACAAUUUGAACUUCGACUGCCUGCGGAAGAUGGGUUUCAUGCAUCUGUCGCAGGCUGACACGUUCAAUAUCGGCCACGUGUGUCGAGGCAUUCACGUCGAUGCUUGGGAUGCUUUGUACUGCCGCAUCCGCGGACCAAUAGGCCUGCGGCGGUCGCGGCGCGACGUUGAGGCAUCCUCCAAGCGAGCACGCUCCGUCCGCUCCCUGCGUAUCCAGACCGGCCAAGAGGAGCUCC